AUGCCCGUUGUUUAUGAUCUAGAUUCGCCAAUUUGCCCUAUUGGGGCCCCCUCACGCGAAAACACCCGCCACAGGAACUUGAAACCAUCACAGCAGGCAGCCCCCAAAGUUACUCCUGGCCCAACCUCAUCUCGCGCCAACCGCCGCCAGGGCGUGAUCUUCAACGUCCAAGACCUUCCUCAAGAACUCAAGGACCUCCAAGGCAAAACCGCUUCACAAAAACCCACCACGACCACUUGA